AUGCACGAGACCACCACUGAGAUCUGGAAGAAGGCCACGGGCAAGAUUAACGAGUGGGGUGUGCAGGCGACAAACAGCUACAACGCAGCCAGGAAGCGGGAAUACAAACGCGCGGUGGACAGCGGUCGUCAGGUACCAAGGCCAGUACCCAUACACUGGUGGCCCCCUUCGGAUGCGGAUCAUGUACGAGGAUUUUCCUCCAUCGGUGGAGCUCGAGCCGUGCACAGCGGCAGUCCAGCUCUCGAUCGAGACGAGAAACCGAUGUGGAACGUGUCGGAUCUCCUCCGCGGCAUCACCCCCUUGAGCAUGUUGACUGAAUGGUCCGCGGUCUUCCGGACCCCAAUGUCCAUCGCCAAGACAGUCCUUCACAAGUUUGUUGGCUACCUGGAGGCGCAGGCCUCGAAGCUGAUCUGGAAACCUCGGUGCUCCGCGACGAUCGCGUGGGAGCAGACCAUGGGUAUCUCUGCCAAGAACAAGACAUCCAAGUACACAGGCCCCCGAGGUGACUGGAGUCAAGGAUACGGUUACAUCACGCACGAUGGUUUCUGUCCGUGUGGCGCUUCGCUAGCCACACAUGAUGAAGGAAGGUGCCCUGGAGCGACCAAGGACCCACGCGCUGCCGGCGAGCGGUUGUUGGACACACUGAAAAGUUUGGUCUAUACCCUUUACUUCCGAAUGUCUCCCUUGAGUCGUCUGUCGAGAAACAAAAUUGUGUAA